GACCUACGCAAAGCGGAGUUUGCGGUUUAUGCGUUGCGUUUUACGUACGGUAGAGUUUACCCCAGAGGAAGAACAUCAGAAGGCUACAGAAGGAUUGCUACCUCUUUCAGCAAUAGUCCUGCAUCCUCAAAGAUGACAUGCUCAUGAUGCCUCUGUGCAUUCCAGAGGCCCACCUUGGCAGCUAGAGGAGAGGUCGGCCUCCGUCACCAUGACAGUGUUGCCACGGGCCGUGGCUUCCCUGGCUGUGCCCGGCCUUAUCCUCUGUUUCAUCACUCUUCCGUUUCCUGCUAUACUAUCCCAGAGGCCCCCUCUCCCUACAGAACCCUCCCCCACCCCAGCACCCCACACGAGGCCGGAGUGUAACCGCCUAGAGCACCCCAUCAUCUCUAUUCAAACUCUAAGUCCUUUGAUCUCCAGUUUCUCCCAUCCUGGUGUAAGGGACUACUCUCAGCUGACCCUUGACCUCACCAGGAAUGAACUUAUAGUGGGAGCAAGAAACUACCUCUUCCGACUGAAUCUAAACAACAUUUCACUAAUUCAGGCAACAGAAUGGGGCCCAGACGAAGACACCAGGAGGUCCUGUCAAAGCAAAGGGAAGACGGAGGUGGAGUGUCAAAACUACAUCCGGGUGUUGCUUGUCAACAAGACAGAGGUGAUCACCUGCGGUACCAAUGCCUUCCAGCCCCUUUGCAUCACCAGAGAGGCAGGGAACAUGGGCAGAGUGUUAGAGAGGGUGAAUGGAGUGGCCCGCUGCCCCUAUGACCCCCAUCAUAAUUCGACGGCUGUGGUGACCGAAAGCGGAGAGCUGUACGCCGCCACGGUCAUCGAUUUCUCUGGCCGGGAUCCUGUCAUCUACCGCAGCCUAGGAGGAAUGCCGCCUCUGCGGACCGCCCAGUACAACUCCAAAUGGCUUAAUGAGCCUCACUUCAUCUCAGCUUACGACGUGGGUCUUUUCACCUUCUUCUUCUUGAGGGAAAACGCAGUGGAACACGACUGUGGUAAGACAGUGUACUCACGGGUGGCGCGGGUGUGUAAGAAUGACAUAGGAGGACGCUUCUUGCUGGAAGACACGUGGACCACCUUCACAAAGGCACGACUCAACUGCUCACGGUCGGGAGAGAUCCCGUUCUACUACAAUGAGCUACAGAGCACCUUCUACCUGCCUGAACAGGAUCUCAUCUAUGGCAUCUUCACCACCAACGUGAACAGCAUUGCAGCCUCUGCAGUUUGUGCAUACAACCUCAGCGCUAUCACGCAGGCUUUCAACGGGCCCUUUCGCUCCCAGGAGAACCCUCGCUCCACGUGGCUGCCUACCCCAAACCCCAUCCCUAACUUCCAGUGUGGGACCAUAGAGGAAGAAGGGCCUAAUGAAGGACUAACUGAACGCAGUCUGCAGGACGCCCAGCGGCUCUACCUCAUGAAUGACGUGGUUCAGCCUGUUUCUGUGGACCCGCUGGUUUGGCAGGAUGAUGUGCGGUUCUCUAAGUUGGUUGUUGACAUUGUACAGGGGCAGGAUACUUUGCACCACGUCAUGUACAUAGGCACAGAGUAUGGAACUAUUCUUAAGGCCCUGGCAACCACAAAUAAGAGCCUGCAAGGUUGCUACUUGGAGGAGAUGCAGCUCUUCCCUCCUGGUCUGCGCGAGCCAAUCCUGAGCCUUCAGAUUCUCCAUGGCGACAGGACUCUUUUUGUGGGCCUGAAUGACAAAGUGAUGAAGAUCCCUCUGGCGAGAUGCUCCAGCCACAAAACAGAAUUGAUGUGUUUGGAUGCAAGGGACCCUUACUGUGGUUGGGACCGAAAGCAGCGCCGUUGCACCACCAUAGAGGACAGCUCCAACAUGAGCCAGUGGUUCCAGAACAUCACUGCCUGCCCGCUGAGGAACCAAACCACAGAUGGUGCGUACGGACCCUGGGCUCCAUGGCAACCCUGCAGCCACAAUGACGGCGAGGGCACCAGCACAUGUCUCUGCAGAUCGCGGGCAUGCGAUAGUCCUCCACCUCGCUGCGGAGGUAAAAACUGCGAGGGGCCGACCAUUGAGGUGUCCAACUGUUCAAGGAAUGGAGGUUGGACACCCUGGUUGUCCUGGGGCCAGUGCAGCACAAGCUGUGAGAUUGGGUUUGAAGUCCGCCAGCGAUCCUGUAACAAUCCUUCGCCCAGGCAUGGCGGCCGAGUGUGUGUGGGGCAAAGCAGAGAACAGAGAUUCUGCAAUGAGAAGGUAUCGUGCCCUCAGCCCAUCUUUUGGUCAUCAUGGUCGCCCUGGUCCAAGUGCAGCUCAGAGUGUGGGGGAGGGGUGCACUCUCGCUCCAGGAACUGUGAGAAUGGAAAUAGCUGUCCAGGAUGUGCGCUGGAGUACCAGGCAUGUAAUCUGGAGUCCUGUCCAGAGGUGCGUCGAAACACCCCAUGGACCCCUUGGGUGCCGGUGAAUAUAACCCAGGGAGGGUCACGGCAAGAGCAAAGAGUUCGCUACAUCUGCCGGGCCCAACUGGCUGACCCUCAUGAGCUUCAACUGGGCAAGCGUAAAGUUGAGACACGCUUCUGCCCCAAUGAUGGGACGGUAACCUGUGAAACAGACUCACUAGUUGAGGAGCUUCUCAAGAUGCCUGGUGUGCGACUGACAGGCUCUGGCUGGUCAUCGUGGGACAUGUGGUCAGCUUGCACUCAGGACUGUGCCAAAGGCUACCGCACUCGCAAACGCACCUGCACCAGUGCAGAGGGCAAAAGCGUUCCCACUGCCUGCCGGGGCUCUCCAGUAGAAUAUCAGGACUGCAAUCCUCAGCCCUGUCAAGUUAAUGGUGCCUGGUCUUGCUGGUCAUCAUGGUCGCAGUGCUCAGUGCCCUGUGGAGGUGGGCACUACCAACGAACACGCACAUGCACCAACCCCAUCCCUGGCAAUGGAGGGGACAUCUGCAUCGGCUUGCACACAGAGGAGGCUCUUUGCAACACGCACACCUGUGAUGGUGGGUGGAUGGCCUGGUCGUUGUGGUCUGAGUGCGAUGACUCGGGCCUGCAGCUGCGCAGUCGAGUGUGCGGGGCUCAAUCCACACCAUGUGUGGGAAACGGCUCUCAGCAACGAGACUGCAAUGAGAUCCCAGUCAUUCUCCCGGCAUCUAGCUAUGAGAAGGACCAGCAGUGUGGGGGGUUCACUCUACUUCACCUGAUAGCUACAGGCGUGUCGUGCUUCCUGGGUGCCGGUCUGCUGUCCUUCCUGGUGUAUGUGUACUGUCAGCGGUUCCACAAGGCCUCACAGGAGUCUGCAGUCAUCCACCCCACCACUCCCAACCACCUCAACUACAAGGGCAACACCACACCAAAGAAUGAGAAAUACACACCCAUGGAGUUCAAGACUCUGAAUAAGAACAAUUUGCUGCCAGAUGAGAGGACCAACUACUUCCCUUCACCGCUUCAGCAGACGAACGUGUACACCACCACAUACUACCCCACAGCGCUGGGCAAAUAUGACUACCGGGCAGACUCCUCACCGUCUCCUUGCAGAACCUAUAACCACAGCUGAGGCACGUGUCCCAUCCGUAGCUUUAUCACCAUGGUGACAAGGCUGCUCCGUACAUCUCCUAAAACCCUCCACUUUCCCCACCCACACACUCUGCACCCGAUGAGGUGCUUGUUCCAACAUUCCAGCUGAUUUUUUCCCUAAGAUCUCUUCCCUGACGACCGCGUCACCUAAGUCAUGCCUUACGGUGUCCAAUGAGGGGAAAGUCCAGUGAUUCAAACAGCACUUUUUAAAGAUUGUGUAGCUACACUGACUUUGAUAAACUGGUGUCUUGAUUGAUCGCUGCAGAACUCCUGUUACUGGAAAGAGGUUUUGCUGAAGCUCAAGUUGGGAAGACAAAAUUGCGCUGGCAUCCCGUACCACUCCAACAAUAUCCAUUACAGGAAAUGCAAUCUGCCACACUGUGGCAGUUCUUUUUGAAACUACAGAAGAAGAAUAGACGGACACCAGACAAAAGAGAGCAAUCAAUGGUGACAUUAUUAGGUUUGGUCAGAACGGCAGAAUUGUGUUACCUUUGGAUGUAAAUGUAAGGAUGUCCCACUGACUUCCAACCUUUGAGGGGCAAAUCUCUGACAAAAGAGGAUGGGUUGCAGGAUCAAUGCAUCUCCUGGGUGAAUCGUUCGGAACCAAGCUGCAGAAAAAAGAACAGCUUAAAAUAGGAUGCUAUUCAGAACGGACUCUUAUCAGAACUGAAACAUAGAUUUUCAGCACGUUAAAAGGCCAGAAGAAUGCGUCAUUAUUUCCCUGAAAAGUCGAAAUGCCUUUUUUACUUGCGAAUGCAUGGGAAUCGAGGAAUAUUGCACCAACAUGGAAUAUGCUUAGGUCUGAAGCAAACAUGCUCUGCUCUGUUACUGUAAGUCCCGGUGGUCAUAUUAAAUAUGACUGGGUUCAAACUGAGACGGACUAUAUUUUAUUAUGAAAAAAUGUAGGAAAUAUUGAUAGCUUGGCACUUGUUUUAUACGGUUAUUUUAAAGAGGGAAUUAUUCAGCAGUUGUAGUAUAUAGAUGGACAAUAGAGUUUAUUUAAGAUACAAGUACAAACAUUGACGGCGCUAUACUGAACAUUUCAUAUAUAAUUUUUUCUUAUUGUUUCCAGAUGGUAUAUUCCUAACCAUCAUCACAUUCAUCAGAGAUAUGAGCGAAGGUGUACACUCUUAUAUGAGCAUCAUAUAUUCAUAAAAUUGCCCAGAGAGUCAACUCAUGCAGAAAUGAUCAAUGGAUCACUGUCUUUUUCACAUCAAACAAUAUCUAAAAAAUGAAUCUUUGUGCAGCACUAUGUGCCUAACUCAGAUUUUAUUUUGCCCAUGUGUUGACAUGCUUCCCAGCGGCAUCACGCCCACAUUCCAGAUGCAACUCUCCAGUUAUCGAUAAAAACGAUUCAGGAAUGGCAACGGUCACCGGUAUCUAGUAUUUAUGGUAUGCUUGGUUUCUAAAGGGCAUUGAAAACUAAACUAAGCUAUUUUAUCAUGCUCGUCUAAUGAAUGCUAAGCCAGCCAUGCUUUCAGCUAAGCAUGAGUACAUGGGUUGUAAAUAAGUGACGUCCCACAGCGAAAAAAAGUAAUGCCACGCAAAGGAUAGUAUAAUGUACAUGUAUAUUGUAAAGCUAACACUGUUUUGUAAACGCGUUAUAGUUGUAAAAUAAUAUGUGCAGCAGCUGUGUAAAUAUACCAACCGUAGGGAUUGUGUGGGGAUGGAGCCUGUCAGUGACAAGAGUUUGACUGCAAUAGAGAGACCAUCUCGUGGACCAACCCUGAUCGAUAACAUCAAAGAUUAUUCAUUAGAGU